AUGUCAAACCCUGCGCCACAUCAUUUCCAUGGACCAGAUCGAGAAGGUCAUAUCCACAAUGUGUCUAUUCACGCGAUGGGUGACGUCGAGAAUCAAGGUAUUCUCAAACAAUAUGAUUCUGUAACUGUUGAACCCGACGAUUGCUUGACCAUCAUUUACACUAGUGGUAGUUCUGGUUUUCCCAAAGGUGCGAUGAUAUCUGAGAGCGCUUUUCGAGCCAACUUUCCACACUGGUGCGUCCCAACGGCGGACGAGUACGUUUUAUUCUCGUAUCGAUCAUUAGCAUGGUCAUCCGAUCGCAAAGCGAUCAUAACUCUUUUUCUUUUGGGCGGUCGAACUGGCUUCUUCACCGGAGACAAUGCUCGUCUGAUGGAAGAACUAGCCAUCGUUCGACCUACCUCUUUCGCAGGAACUCCAGCUAUCUGGAACAAGAUCUAUACGGAGUUUAACACGAAACUCGCUCUGAGUACCGUUCGUCUCUCACCCGAUGCUCUUCAAGCAGAAGAACAGCGACUUCUUCGAGACUUCUCCAAACUCAUGCCCAACAGUUGGCGAGGAAUUAGCAUCGGUGGUGCGAUGAUCAGCCGCGCAGUGAUAGAAUUCAUGAAACGAUGCUUUACACAUUGUAUUGUGGAUGAAGUCUGCGGUAUUACUGAAUGCGGUAGUGUUGCCUAUGCUAACAGUAUUGAAAAGACCGUCCAAUAUCGGCUGGAGUCUGUUCCUCAUCUCGGCUAUACAAUCAAUGAUCAACCCUAUCCACGAGGAGAACUU